AUGAAAAUAUCUUCUUCAGUAGGCAUCGAGUGCCAUUCGUUAACGGAUGAUCCGUUGGGCCUGAAAUUUUGGCGGUUUGCUUUGAUGGCGUUCCUGAGGAUCCUGGUGUUGCUGAUCGUCGGUGUGGCGGCUGCUGGUGCGGACUGCGGUCCAGAAGACGGUGCGUUCCUGUGUCGGGACGUGUGCGGCGAGGAAGUGCGUGGCGCCGGCGGCUACGGGCGCCGCGUGACGUUCGUCGGUGCGACGCUGUUCUUGGACUGCGUCAGGCAGGCGGACUUGAAGGAGGUCAAGCUGCUGUCGCCGACGGUCUGCGUCGGGCGUCGGGCCGACAUGGAUCGUGUCGUGACGCCUUGGAGGUGGUGCGAGGAGGUCGUGCCACCCGAGCCGGAGAUUUCGACGGCGGCGGUUCCGCCGGUGGUUGAUGAGCCUCGCCCGGUGGCGCCGACAGCCAACCUGGCGGUUGUCCCUGUGCCGGCGAUCAAAACGCCGUUUGUGGUUCGAGCGCCGCCCUCGACGCAGCAAAGCGUCGUAGUGGCCCAAGAGGUGCCACACGUCAUCAGGGCACCGUCGUCGACGCCGGAGGUGACGGUCAACAUCAAACAUGGUGUUGCACACGUCGAGGCGGACGUGGACCCGUGGACGGCCAUGGUUUUGGUCUUUAUGGGCCUUGGAGGUGCAGGGGCUACAACUUUGGCUGUCUUCUUGGUCUGGCUGGUCAAGUUCAUAAGGAACAAGUCAUCGUACAUGAGGGAGCUGAUGGCGUUCCUGAGGAUCCUGGUGCUGCUGAUCGUCGGUGUUGCGGCUGCUGGAGCGGACUGUGGUCCAGAAGACGGGGCGUUCGUGUGUCGGGACGUCUGCGGCGAGGAGGUGAGGGGCGCCGGCGGCUACGGGCGCCGCGUGACGUUCGUCGGAGCGACGCUGUUCCUGGACUGCGUCAGGCAGGCGGACUUGAAGGAGGUCAAGCUGCUGUCGCCGACGGUCUGCGUCGGACGUCGGUCCGAGAUGGAUCGAGUGGUGACGCCAUGGAGGUGGUGCGAGGAAGUCGUGCCACCCGAACCGGAGAUAUCGACGGCGGCGGUUCCGCCGGUGGUUGAUGAGCCUCGCCCUGUGGUGCCGACGGUCAACCUGGCAGUGGUCCCUGUGCCGGCGAGCAAAACGCCGUUCGUGGUCCGGGCACCGCCUUCGACGCAACAAAGCGUCGUGGUGGCCCAAGAGGUGCCACACGUCAUCAAGGCACCGUCGUCGACGCCAGAAGUGACGGUCAACAUCAAGCAUGGUGUUGCGCACGUCGAGGCGGACGUGGACCCUUGGACGGCCAUGGUUUUGGUCUUUAUGGGUCUUGGAGGUGCAGGGGCUACAUCUUUAGCUGUCUUCUUGGUCUGGCUGGUCAAGUUCAUAAGGAACAAGUCAUCGUACAUGAGAGAACUGGUGCGGAUGCUGACGCCGGAGGAUCAGCAGGAUCCGGAAGCCCAACCAGUGGAAGAUCUGCUGGGGCUGGAAGAGGCGGAUAAGACCGUCGAAGAAAAGAAAGAGGAAAAACUGCCGAAUUCUUUUUCAGAAAGUGAUCAGCGAAUGGACAAGAUUCCUGUGGAGGAGUCCAUCUCUAAUCUAGGGGAUCGCGGUAAAUUUGGGAAACACUAG